AUGCUCUCUCCCCCCCUCCUCUGUCACAUGCUCUCUCCCCCCCUCCUCUGUCACAUGCUCUCUCCCCCCCUCCUCUGUCACAUGCUCUCUUCCCCCCUCCUCCGUCACAUGCUCUCUCUCCCCCUUCUCUGUCACAUGCUCUCUCCCCCCCUCCUCUGUCACAUGCUCUCUCCCCUCCUCUGUGACAUGCUCUCUCCCUUCCUUCUGUCACGUGCUCUGUCCCCUCCUCUGUCACAUGCUCUGUCCCCUCCUCUGUCACAUGCUCUGUCCCCUCCUCUGUCACAUGCUCUGUCCCCUCCUCUGUCACAUUCUGUCCCCUCCUCUGUCACAUUCUGUCCCCUCCUCUGUCACAUUCUGUCCCCUCCUCUGUCACAUUCUGUCCCCUCCUCUGUCACAUUCUGUCCCCUCCUCUGUCACAUUCUGUCCCCUCCUCUGUCACAUGCUCUGUCCCCUCCUCUGUCACAUGCUCUGUCCCCUCCUCUGUCACAUGAUCUGUCCCCUCCUCUGUCACAUGCUCUGUCCCCUCCUGCUCUGACCACUCCCGUGCUCUCCCCUCCUGCUCUGUCCCAUCCCGUGCUUUUACCUCCUGAUCUGUCCUUCCCUUGCUCUCCCCUCCUGCUCUGUCCCCUCCUCUGUCACAUGCUCUGUCCCCUCCUCUGUCACAUGCUCUGUCCCCUCCUCUGUCACAUGCUCUGCCCCCUCCUCUGUCACAUUCUGUCCCCUCCUCUGUCACAUUCUGUCCCCUCCUCUGUCACAUUCUGUCCCCUCCUCUGUCACAUUCUGUCCCCUCCUCUGUCCCAUGCUCUGUCCCCUCCUCUGUCACAUGCUCUGUCCCCUCCUCUGUCACAUGCUCUGUCCCCUCCUGCUCUGACCUCUCCCGUGCUCUCCCCUCCUGCUCUGUCCCAUCCCGUGCUUUUACCUCCUGAUCUGUCCUUCCCUUGCUCUCCCCUCCUGCUCUGUCCCCUCCCUUGCUCUCCCCUCAUGCUCUGUCUCCUCCCAUGCUCUCCCCUCCUGCGCUAUGAGUGGGGGCUGAAAUGGCAUGUCGACCAGAUCACGCAGCGCCCAUUCUCCACGAAAUUGUUUGCGAUCGCCAUGAGCAAGGCGUUUCGAAGGCGCCGCGUCGAUGUCACAGCGUGGAAGACACGCAUGGUGGCAUUCGCCUUGUUUUCACUCGAGAACCCACUGUUGGAGGCAGCAGGGGAUGGCAAGCUGGGCACGGACCAGCGUGAAAACCGCAGGCAGGCAGCAGCCGCAGAGGUGGGGUGGGGAGCAACAACCCGCAGAGGUGGGGUGGGGGGAGUGACGAAGUGGGGAGAGAGGUUGGGGAAUGAGGGGCAGAGGUGGGGUGGAGGAAUGAAGGGCGGAGGUGGGGUGGGGGGGAUGGCUUAUCAGUACAGGCGCAAUGAGGGAAAGUGGUGUGAUGAGAUCGAGAGUGAGACUGUGCUGAUGAUACAGCAGUCGUGUGCUGAAGUCUCACCUCCCCCUGCUGUUUCCCCCUUCCCCCUCCCCCAUUGA